GCGGUUGUGUUGUUGUGUUCGUGUGUGUCCGCCCUGACGGUCUCUGACAGCCCGACGAGCAGCACAGACUCACGAACAGCCCACCAGCAAACAUGAAGCACAACAGUUUGUCACGCAUUUUUGUUAUUAUCUUGUGUGCGGCAGUUUUUGUUGCGCUGUUAGUCGUUAACGCGUUGGCCGGAGCGGGACGAGGUCCCUUCCACUCCAAUACAGGAAAUGUGUCGUCCCGCUACGAGACAGGCAUCACCCCAGCUGGCUGGACCUUCUCUAUCUGGGGAGUGAUCUAUACCUGGCUCACCCUGAUGGUCAUUUACAUCACUUCAUACGUAUGCAGAGGAUCCUGGGCUCAGUGCCUGCUGCCCUAUGCCUUCUAUUUUUGCUGGCUGUGCAACAUGGUGAUGAACAUGGCAUGGCUCCUGGUGUGGGACAGAGAGCUGAUGCUGGCGGCUCUGGUUUUGUUGAUCCUCAUAGCGUUUUCCAACUACUGCGCUCUGUUCUUCGUUUGCUAUGCCACGGAUUACUAUGGACUGUGGCUGCAGACAUACCAUCGCAAAGACCUGGCCUGUCUCAGAAUACUGGUCCAGAAUGGUUUGGCUGUCUACACCACAUGGACAUCUAUUGCUUCUCUGAUCAAUUUCUCACUGGUUCUCCACCUGUGGGGUGUGGACAAGAGCACAGCGGCGACCGCCUCUCUGUGCAUCCUGUUUGCAGAGGUUGUGAUAUGGUUCAUCCUUGAGAACUGGGUGCUGGACCGCUGGGUUCGCUACAUCCUGACAGUCUACCCGGUGGUGAUCGUGGCUCUGGUCGGAAACGUCUACAAGCAUUUUGACCUGGAUGACCCCACUCCUAAUUCAGUGUUUAUGCUGGUGCUGCUGGUGGUGGCCUGUAUCCUGUUUGUUUCCCGAUUCUUCACGGUCCUCUGGAGGAACAGGUGGCGGCCUCUCUACUCGCCGGGCUCAGCACGGCUGAUGGUGUCACCCCUCGACGGCAAAAAAUUCAGAACCCUCUCAUAAGUGGAGCUCGCACCUCCUGUCCCACUGCAGCCUGUACACUCUCAGCCCAGACUCACUCUGAUUUAUAUGUUUACACUAGUCACCGCCAUGUUGAAAGGUAAAUCUCAUUUUUAAAAUGAGGCUUUACUCAUUCUGGAUUUGCAUAAACGACAUGAAUAGGAGCUGUAUUACUUUAAGUGGAGGAAAGCAAAGAAAGGAUGAGUCUGCAGUGGGAAAGCAGGAAAAUCUGUCCUCAUCUUAUCUCUUUGCUCCAGUUGCAUUUAUAACUUUACAACAAUUCUUUCUUGUCUGAAACACUUUUUUUUUAAAGUACUAAUAACUAUUCCAACAGUUAACCACUACAUAUACAACA